GUAGCUCCUUCAUCUGGUAAGUCAUCAAGGCCUUCCACGGGAGAUGAUUGAGAACCAAAACCUGUGGGAGAACUUUGGGAACCUUGACCCAUAGGUGGAAUGGGACUAACAAGCAGGUCAGGAUUGGAGUACCACUUUGGACAAUUUCGGAGAAUGUCGAAACAAUGCUCAAAAUCAAAAGCCUUGUUCCCAUUCUCUUGCUUAUAUAUUUUUCUUGCC